UCAAGGUUCAAGGUUCAUGUACUUGCACUGCAUUAUCUAUUAGCCAGGCUGGAGAGCAGUUCAGUUUAUCCACAUUUGCACACACAUGAAUCUGACUGCAGGGAGCCACAGUAUCCCUCUCAGUGAUGGAAAUCGUAUUCCACUGCUGGGACUGGGCACCUUUGGGGAUCCUCGAACGACACCCAAAAGCACAGCGCUUGACUGUGUCAAACUGGCCAUAGAUGUGGGCUACAGGCACUUUGAUGGGGCACUGGUGUAUUUCAAUGAGCACGAAGUGGGUCAAGCCAUUAGAGAGAAGAUCGCUGAUGGAACCAUCAAGAGAGAGGACAUCUUUUACUGCGGAAAGCUCUGGAAUACCUUCCACCCACCAGAGUUGGUGAGACCGGCUUUGGAGAGGACACUGAAAGCCUUAAAACUAGACUAUGUGGACCUCUACAUUGUUGAGCUUCCAAUGGCCUUCAAGCCCGGAAAUGAGUUCUAUCCAAAAGACCGAGAUGGAAAAUACAUCUACCACCACACAGACCUCUGUGCAACGUGGGAGGCUUUAGAGGCUUGCAAAGACGCCGGACUUGUUAAGUCUCUGGGAGUCUCCAACUUCAACCGCAGACAGCUGGAGCUGCUGCUGAAUAAACCCGGCCUCAAACACAAACCUGUAUCCAACCAGGUUGAGUGCCAUCCAUAUUUCCAACAAUCCAAGCUCCUGGAGUACUGUCGUCAGAAUGACAUUGUGAUUGUUGGCUACUGCCCAAUCGGCUCCUCCAGAGAUGCGUCCUGGGUGAAUGUGAAAUGUCCUCCCCUGCUGGAGGAUGAGCUGCUUGUAUCCAUUGGGAAAAGGUACAACAAGAGUAGUGCCCAGGUGGCUUUGCGCUUCAAUGUCCAGAGGGGAGUCGUAGUGAUCCCCAAGAGCUUCAGCCCUGAGAGGAUCAAACACAACUUCCAGAUAUUUGAUUUUUCACUCACUGAGGAAGAAAUGAAAGCCAUUGAAGCACUGCAAAAAAAUAUUCGUUUUGUGGAGCUGUUGAUGUGGAGUGACCAUCCAGAGUACCCAUUUCAUGACGAAUAUUGAACUUUUUCUAUUUUUUGUGAUGUGCAUCUUUUCUCGAUUUAAGCUUUUUACAGAAACGACGAGAACAAAUGUACUGGUACAUUUUCACACUGGACACUAGGGGGCUCUAGCUCACAGUGAAUGAGAAGGACAGAAGUAAAUAAAUAAAUAAAUAAGCAAAAGAAGAUUUUCAAGGAUAACAUGCAGCUCUGAUGUGAAAUGGCAAACUGUGUAUUUGUUGCAUACUAGUCUCAUAUGAGUCUCCCAUGAAACCUGUGUAAUAUUGGAAGGGAGUUCAUUGUUAGUUUCAACUGAUUUGAAAUGGACUGAUGCAGCUGCUGCUAUAAAUAAAGUGUCAUUUAGAAAUUGGGACCGUUUGAAUUGAAUGUGGCAAAAUACAUCAUAUCUGGAGCAAAAAAUGUGGAUUAUUGCUUCUCUGGUUUGCUGAAAUAGCCAUCCAGGUUUUUCCUGACAUUAGCGUAUUUUUCAGAUCCAUCGGCUACUAAUGGCCACCUGAUAUUGGUCAAGCAGUGUCUGAAUCCCUCUUGGGCAGUGCUGGCUUGUAGCGUUGAUAUGAAUUAAAAUGAAAAACGGAGAACUUUUGCUUUUACAUUGAGUGUGUCAUUCCUGGUCUUCAAAUAUGUCCAAUCACUGAAUGUAUGAAGCACAUUUAAAAGCAGCAAAAGUUGUCCAAAGUCCUGUACCAUGUUCAAGGAAAAAUCCGCUGUGUGAGAGCAAACAACACCGAUAUAGAACAGCCUGUCUAACAGGUAGUCAUGAAUGUGAGUAUGCUGUUUAGAAGUGAGGUUUAAGCAUCUUUGAUGGCUGUCGCUGGAAAGGAGUGUAUGAGAGAAGCUAGGAAGUAUAGAUUAUGCCGAAUGCCAAUUCAGCAAUUAUUUUGAGGCGCUGUGUUGUCAAGGGGCCCAUAACAAUCCAUUAAUAAAGCAGCCUAUUAAAACACAAGCAGCAAGACAAAUAUAUUUAUGAAUGCAUGGAAAAUAUACUGUCCCUGAGGGAGGAAAUGUACUGAGCAGGCCAGAUCAGCAAGGUGUGACAGUAUAAUUUUCUUGCCGCCAUUUCUCUACAAUUUUUACAGAUGCAAUGAGCAAAUAUGUGCUAUGCGGAUGCUGCAGUGGCGCUGUUUUAGCAUGUAUUAGCAAAAUUCAACUGUAACACCAUGUCACCUGUGUUGAAGUGGCCUGUUUCUAAAACCUCUAUUGUCCUGCUGUCCAAACAUUUCAGGCCCUGGGGAAUUUUGGGUCAAGUAUCAUGGUGAAAGACAUCUUUGUGGUAACAUACCAGAGGGGUGGGUGUUAUUGUUUGUUAUUAUCAGAUCUAUUACAUAUACAGUAUAUUCAUUACAUAUAUUCUUCCCAGUACACCUCAUAUCAAGAAAUAUCAGACUGAUGUAGGUUUAGAAAAUGAAUAUAACUGUAAAAAAAAAAAAAAGAGUAGUCUGAUAGUGACAAACAGAAAUUGCCUCAAUCAUCUGUAUUGUUUUUUUUUUUUUGAUAAACUGUAAUAAAAGAUUGCACAUACGAUAAUUGUGUAUGAAAAAAGAAGUCGACGACAAAAUCUACAAUAAUCACAAC